CUUCCCCUCGCGCUCUCAUGCAUGUCAUGGACACGAACGAGAUCAUGACUCAUUUCCCAAUUCCCAUUUCUUGAUCCCCUUUCCAAAUUUUCAAAACCCUAAUUUCUCAAUCCCACCCCCCGAAAUCCAAAAUCGGCAAAGAAUCGAUCAAAUCCAGAGACAGGGAGUGAGAGAUCGAGGGAUAUCUCAUGACGAUCCAACCCUAGCCCCCGCAACCAAUCGAUCGAUUAGGGUUUCUGUUCGUUUUGUUAGCUGAUGGCGAAUUUGCACGGAGAUUUCAACCAGAAGAUCGAUUACGUGUUCAAGGUGGUGCUGAUCGGGGACUCGGCGGUGGGGAAAUCCCAGCUCCUUGCUCGGUUCUCGAGGAACGAGUUCAGUUUGGACUCGAAGGCUACGAUUGGGGUUGAGUUUCAGACUCGGACGCUUGCGAUUGAUCAUAAGACUGUCAAGGCUCAGAUUUGGGAUACCGCCGGUCAAGAAAGGUAUCGGGCUGUGACAAGUGCAUACUACAGAGGAGCAGUAGGAGCAAUGCUAGUCUACGAUAUGACCAAGCGUGUCACCUUCGAUCACGUAGCUAGAUGGCUCGAAGAACUCCGAAGCCACGCCGACAAAAACAUCGUCAUAAUGCUCAUCGGCAACAAAUCUGACCUUGGAACUCUACGAGCAGUCCCAACUGAAGAUGCAAAAGAAUUCGCGGAGAAAGAAAACCUAUUCUUCAUGGAGACUUCUGCUCUUGAUGCUACUAAUGUUGAGACUGCAUUUCUUACCGCACUUACUGAGAUUUAUCGUAUUGUGAGUAAGAAAUUGCUUGUGGCGAAUGAUGGGCCUGAUGCUGGAGGGAGCGGUUCUUCUUUGCUUAAGGGGACUAAUAUUGUCGUGCCGGGGCAGGAGCCGGUUGUUGAGUCAUCGUGCAGUUGCUAGACCUCCAACUGGCUCUGGAGUUUUGAAAGAAGUUAGGUUGUAAGUGUUUGAGAGGAAUUGUUGUAAUUAGGAUACUGUAUUCUUUGAUUUGUUAGGCAGAAUUUUGUCUGUCUUUUGGAUGUGAAUUGUAAUGCCAGCAUGAUUUGUUGUUUCUGAAUUGAUAUUCAUGUUUGUUCCGUUGGAAGUUCAUAAAUAUUAUUGUUGUAUUUUGCUU